UGCGGCUCAAGCGCCGUCGUUCAUGCAGGUCGAGGCCCUCAUGCUCGCCAACGAAAAGCUGAACGAACGCAACAAGGUGCUGGAAGACAAGGUGGCUAAGCUGAGUGCCGCGCAUGCUGAUGCAAUGCUCGAGCUGGAAGUGCUCCGUGCCACCACAGGGAGAUCGGCAAUGAGCCAGGCCGAGUCGAGCCACAAGCCGCCGCGGGCACCGCUGGAGAUCAUGGCCGAGAACGUCGAGCUCGCCACACGAGUCCGCUCGCUCGCCGCAGACAACAGAGCCAUGACACGGACGCUUGCCUCACUCCGCUCGCAGUACUCGACGCAGCCGCUGACGGCUCCGCGAGUGCCGCAACAGACUGUUCGGUCGCCAGCGUCGCCUGCCGUCUCGCGCGACGAUGCCAUCGCCGCCCUCCCGCCGCUACCCGACCGCACCUCGCUCGCCACCACGCUAGCCGCAAUGUCGGACAUGGUCUCGCACCUUGCCGACAAAGCCGAUGCCGGAUCGGUAUCGGGCGACAACGACGACGGUGAUGAGGCUGCGCGCGUGGCCGACCUCGCCGAGUCGUUCUCAGAGACGACCUGCGAGUGUUCGUCGUCCGACUCGGAGACAUAGCAGCCUCACCGGUGUUUGGCAUACGCUGCACGCAGCGCAUCUACAACCGGCCGCGGGUGGCCGUCUGCGUCAAGCGCGCCAAGCGCAGAGGCAAUGCCGCCGAUCAUGUCAGCAAACCGCUUCGACUCGAGGUACUUGACGUGGCCCUUGCCAAAGAUCCAUUCGAGGAGGACAACUGGGUCCUCGUGGUUCUCGU